UAUUUUUUAUAUAAAUAUUCAAUAAAAGCAUAUUAUAUAAAUAUUUUCUAUUUGUCUCUUAUAAUUUUUCAGAUAUCAAAAAUGUUUUCAAUUAAUUUGGUAAUUUUGGAUAGUUAUCAAUCAACUCCACUACCAGAAUUGGAUGUAACAUUUUCAGAUUUUCGAGGAAAUGAAAUUAGACAAGUUCCAGUUAUCAGAAUAUUUGGAUCUACUUUAUCUGGAAUAAAAACAUGUUUACAUGUACAUGGAGUAUUUCCAUAUAUAUAUAUACCAUGUACAGUAAAUAACAAUGUUGAUAGCUUUAUGUAUAAAUUAGCAGCAGGAAUAGAUUCUGCAAUAAAUAUAUCUUUGGGAUCUGCAAUGUCUAAUAUUCAACACGUUUAUAAAAUUCAACAAGUUUAUGGAAUUCCUCUUUAUGGAUAUCAUGAGAAGAAACAUUUAUUUUUUAAAAUUUAUUUUUAUAAUCCAGCUAUGGUUAAACGAGCAGCUGAUUUAUUGCAAAAUGGCAUGGUACUUAAUCAAAGCUUACAACCACAUGAAGCACAUAUACCUUUUAUUUUACAAUUUAUGAUUGAUUAUAAUCUCUAUGGUAUGAGUUUAAUAAAUUUGAAAGAUGUUAAAUUUAGACAAUAUACACAUAUGAAAGAAAAUUCUCAAAAUGAGAAUUCAUUAAAUUUAUUUGAUUCACAAAAAUAUCUUCCUGCAUCUGUUUUAAAGCAAACUACUUGUAAAUUAGAAGUAGAUGCACAAGCAAGUGAAAUAUUAAAUAAACAAGAAAUUCAAAAUGGUUUUGAUUUAAAUCCUGGUCUUGUAGCCAUUUGGAAUGAAGAAAAAUAUAGAAGAGAAACAAAAGGGCUACAGAAUAUUGAAUCACAAUUUUUAUAUUCCAAUACUAAUGAGAGAAUUUAUAAUGUAACAGAAAAUGACAUUUAUCAAGAAAAAAAAUUUAUAAAAAGAUUACAAUCUAUAUCACAAAUCAGUGAUGAUAUAAUAUCAAUAUCAAAUGAACAUAGUUAUCCUUUAGAAUUAGAAAAUGAAGAUAAUUCAUUUAGUGCUUCAUAUGUUCCUAAUCAUUUUAAACCAUUAGUAUUAAAUAAGAAAAAUAAAAAUGAAUACAACCCAAUAAAUUUUGAGAAAGAAUCUAAUCCAUUUAGUCAUGAAUCAUAUCAUACCAUGAAUAAUAUUUUAAAUAAAUUAAAUAUACCAGCAUUUGAUGGUAAUACAAUUGAUAGUUCUAGUGAUUCUGAAUCAGAUAAGAAUAUUACUAUUAACAGAGAGGAAAAACGUAUUUGUGUUUAUAAAUCAUGUAUAAAAUCUAGAAAUGACAAAACUAUUGAUAAUAUUUCAGCAAAAAAACGAAAAUUUAAAUUGGAAGAUUGUAAUUUACAAUCUACACAUAAACGAUGUAAUUUACAAAAUGAAUUACAUUGUACUCCAACAAAAAUAAAAACUGUACACAGUCCAUGCUCUGUUUCAAAAAAAUAUUCUCCACUUAAUAUAAAAAUAAUAUCUCCAAAGAUAGAUAAGAAUAUUAAAAAUAACGAAUCUUGUAAUUUAAAAUCCACCUAUAAUACUUUGAAACAAAAUAAUCAACAACUGAGAAUGAAUCUAUUUCAUGAAAAAAUAAAUAAUAUUACUUCAGAGACAGAUCAAGCAUUGUUUACACACAAUGAAACUUUAAAUACUAAUGAAACAAUUAUUUUUAAAGAGUAUAAAGACAGAUUAGAAAAAAAAGAUAGUGCAUCAACAACAAAAUUUAAAAAAGAAUUUAUUAUUAAAAAUAACAAAGCAGUUCGUAAAAGAUUAAGUUUUGUAAAUAUUAAUGAAAAAGACAUCAGUGAAAAAGAUAUCAUAAAGAAUGAUAUGAAUUCUGACAAUUUAUCUUUAACAGAAAAAAUGAUUAAUGAUAUUGAUCAAAUCAAUGAUUUUACUAAUAUUUCAAUAAUAAUUCAUCCUGAACAUUCUAAGUUAUACACAAAAAAUAAUGAAAAAAUGAAUUAUGAAUUUAAUUUUCCAAGUACAUCGAGAAAUAAUGUAAAUUUAAAUGUAGAUAAUAUUUCAAAUAAAAUAUCAUUGAUAAAUAAAAAUACAAACGAAGAUGAAGAUGAUAUUUGUAAUAUGACAUAUACUCAAUAUCUUAAUAAAAAAUUAGAAGGGGAAUUAGAUAUUUCAAAUAUUAUAUCACGUGAUAAUACAAGUGAUAUAAAAACUAGAAUAAUUAUUAUUACUACUAAAUUUAAUCCACCAAGCAGAGAAAAAAUUAUAAAUUCUAUGAAAAUGUAUAAUAUUUUAGAAUUAAAAAACAAUGCAUUAUUCUUUAGUAACAAAAUUGAUUUGAUAAAGUGUAGAGAAAAAGAAAGUUUAAAUAAUAGUAGUAUUUACAAUGUAAUUCCAUUUAAAUGUAGUUUAAACAAAGUUACAGGAAUUAAACUUUGGCGACGAGUAAAAAUAAACGAAUUUUAUCCUUCUGGUUCAAGUAUAAAAUCUUGUGACAUAAAGAGAAUUUUAGCUGGAUAUAAUUCAUUAGUAAUUCAUCCUCUUAUUCAUCCACCAACAUCGAAAAAUGUUAAAAUUUGGUUAAAAGCCAAAAAAUAUUUAUCAAAAAAAAAUAAGCAUAAAGAAAUAAGUAAUAAUAUUGAUAUUUUAAAAGAUACAAAAGAAAAUAACAUUAAAGAAACAUUUAAUGAAAGUAUGAAAUAUCAUUCACAAUGUUCUAAUAAUUUGGAGAAUUCUAAUAAUAGUUUUAAUCCUUCCUUACAAGAAAUGCUUGAAAAUCCAUUAUUAUAUAUGAAUGAUACGCGAUAUUUAGGUAUUUCAUAUGGACAAAUUGAAUAUAAUUUGAAAGAAUAUAGUAAUAAUGCAGAAAAAGAAAAUCGUCAAACUGCUAAAAGUUUAAAUAUGCAUCAAUAUUUAACAAUAUUAGCAAUAGAAAUACAUGUUAUUACACGUGGUAAAUUUCUUCCUGAUCCAAAUCAUGAUUCAAUUGAAGCAAUAUUUUAUGCUAUUUAUAAUGAUGCUCCAUUAUCUUCAAAAAUUGAACAAAUAGAACAUGGCGUUAUUCUUUUAAAUUCAUCUAUAAAAAAUUCAAAAAUAAAAAAUAUAUAUUCUAGUAAUACAUAUACUACAUCUUAUGUAUCAAGUGAAGAAGAUUUAUUAAAUAGUCUUAUAAUAUUAAUUAGACAUUGUGAUCCAGAUAUUUUAAUUGGUUGGGAGAUAGAAUUUCUUUCAUGGGGAUAUAUCUUUCAUAGAGCUUCUCAUAUUGGUUUACAUAAUUUUAUGUGGCAAAUUUCAAGGAUUUCAAAUGCAAUUCCAAUAUCUAAAGGACAAACAUUUGAUAAAGAUAAUUUCAGUGAUGCACAAAUACCAGGUCGAAUUAUUUUUGAUGUUUGGAGAGUAAUGCGACAUGAAGUAGCGUUAUUAAAUUAUACAUUUGAAAAUGUUAUGUAUAAUGUCAUGCAUGAAAGAAUUUCAUGUCCUACCUUUCAAAUGUUAACUGAAUGGUGGAAUCAUGAAAAUAUGACUAUGCAAUGGAGAGUUAUUACUCAUUAUAUCAUAAGAGUUGUAGGUACUUUGAGAAUAUUAAUUCAUCUUGAUAUUAUUGGUCAAACAUGUGAACAUGCACGACUUUUUGGAAUACAAUUUUAUGAAGUUUUUUCUAGAGGUUCUCAAUUUCGAGUUGAGUCAAUGAUGUUAAGACUUGCAAAACCUUUGAAUUAUAUUCCAGUUUCACCUUCUGUACAACAAAGAGCACGAAUGCGUGCACCUGAAUCUCUACCGCUUAUUAUGGAACCACAAUCUGCAUUCUAUACUGAUCCAUUGGUUGUCCUGGAUUUUCAAAGUUUAUAUCCGAGUAUUAUUAUAGCUUAUAACUAUUGCUUUUCUACAUGUUUAGGUCGUGUAGAGCAUAUUGGUCAAUAUGAGCCAUUUGAGUUUGGUACAACAACAUUAAAGAUAAAGAAGAAUACUGCUCAAAAAUUAGUGGGUAAAGUAAAUUUUGCACCUUGUGGUGUAGCUUUUGUAAAACCAGAAAUACGAAUGGGAAUAUUACCACGUAUGCUUUCAGAAAUCUUAAAUACUCGAUUAAUGAUAAAAAAAUCGAUGAAACUUUAUGGAAAUGAUAAUGAUACAUUACAACGUAUUCUUUAUUCACAACAAUUAGGUCUUAAAUUAAUUGCAAAUGUCACUUAUGGUUAUACAGCUGCUAAUUUUAGUGGUAGAAUGCCUUGUAUUGAAAUAGGAGAUAGUGUUGUUAGUAAAGGAAGAGAAACAUUAGAACGAGCAAUUAAAAUAGUAGAAUCUACAGAUAAAUGGGGAGCUGAAGUUGUUUAUGGUGACACAGAUUCUUUGUUCAUUCUUUUACGUGGAAAAUCAAGAAAAGAUGCAUUUAUAAUUGGAACUGAAAUUGCUGAUACUAUUACUGCAGCUAAUCCUCCUCCUGUAAAACUUAAAUUUGAAAAAAUUUUGCAACCAGCAAUAUUACAAACUAAAAAAAGAUACUGUGGUUAUAUGUAUGAAUCUCCAGAACAAACAAAUCCUGAAUAUUUAGCAAAAGGAAUUGAAACUGUUCGUAGAGAUGGUUGUCCAGCUGUAGCUAAAAUACUUGAAAAAACGUUAAAAAUUUUAUUUGAUACAAAGGAUCUUUCUAUGGUAAAACUGUAUGUUACCAGACAAUUUGAUAAAAUUUUACGUCAAAAAAUAUCUAUUCAAGAUUUAACGUUUGCAAAAGAAUUUCGUGGCUUGAAUAAUUAUAAAACCAAUGCUUGUGUACCUGCUUUAGAAUUAACACGAAGAUUGAUGCGCAAAGAUCCACGGGCAAUACCUCGUACUGGUGAAAGAGUUCGAUACAUUAUAGUAGCUGGAGCCCCAAAUCAACCUUUAAUUCAAUGUGUGCGAACUCCAAUGGAAGUAAUUUCAGAUGAAGGUUUAAAUCCAAAUUCAAUAUAUUAUAUAACAAAAGUUAUCAUACCACCUCUUAAUCGAUGUUUAAAUUUAAUCAACAUUGAUGUUAAUACAUGGUAUAGAGAGAUGAUCCAUCGUCAAACAUCUGAUAAAACAAUUGAUUUAUGUACAAAUAAUCAAAAAUUAACCAUUCGGCAGUUUUUUAAUACUGUUGUAUGUGUUACUUGUGGAAAUCAAACGCAAAAAGAUAUUUGCAUGAAUUGUAUAGCAAAACCAAGUCAGACAAUUACUAUUUUAUAUGAGAAAUUAAGAUGGUUGGAACGUACUCAUCAUGAACUUACUAUGAUGUGUCAAUCUUGUACUGGUUAUUUAGAUGAACCAAAAUGUGAAUCUUUAGAUUGUCCAAUUUUAUAUCGUUUAAUGCAAGCUAAAAGAGAUCUCAUUCAAAUAACAUAUUUGAAUAAUAUUAUUUAUAAUGAUAUUUCUUGUAUACAUAGAGAAAAAAUGUAAACUAAUGUUAUCUUA